UGAGCCUGUGAGGUACCUGUGCUGGUAUUAUCUACACUUUACAAAAGAAUAAACUGAAGACCACAGAAAUUGUAUGUACCAUGUCUUCUAGAAUAUUCUUGAUUGCAGGGGGCUUCUGAUUAUGAGGCUUCUUCCAAGGAGGGCAUCCCUACAGUUAGGGAUAGAACCACCACGUAAUAAGGCUGCAGGUAAUGUCAACCACAGCCUCCAAAGAUAGAGUAUGAUGUUGAUGCAACCAAUUAAGAGUGGCAUCGCUCUACCCAACCCUCAUCGAGGGAACUUGUAAGCUCAGUGGAACAGUGGGGGUCUUACCACACUGUGGGGGUCCACGCGGGGCUCCUCGUGCAGAGAACCUGGCAGCUGCGCUCUUGGCUACAACCGCAGAGUCGGAAUGACGGAGGGGAGGAUGAAGUCCACAACCGAGGAAGCAGCGCCCGUUCAGAUGUACAACCUGCAAAACCCUGAACCAAGGGCACCACGUGAGGAUAAACGAUCCAGUAGGCCUACACAUUAUAUGACAUCAUUCCACAUUGUGUUGGAAAAAGAAACCAGAAUGUUGGGGGCUGCCCAAGUAAUGGUUGGUUUGAUCCACUGUGCUCUGGGAUAUUUCUGGAUACAGUUAUAUAUCAGAGAAUUUGAUUCAAUUUCAAUAGAUUACCUGCCUAUAACCUUGCUAUCAGGAUACCCAUUUUGGGCAUUCUUGUUUUUUGUCAUAUCAGGAAUUUUUGCAAUAGAAGCAGAGAAGACAUCUUCCCCAAAAUUGCUGAAGUACACAAUAAGGGUAAACACCCACAGUUCUGUCCUUGCAAUAAUUGGCCUGUUUCUAAUUGGACUUGAAAUUAUAUUAUCUUUAAUGAAACAAGUAAAAAUUGUAUGGAUACAGCGAAGUGGAAUGAUGCUUUCUGUGUAUUUAUGGCUAUUCUCCAUAUUGGAGUUGUUCCUGGCAAUUACGGUGAUCGGAUUGGGGAACCAAGCAUUUUAUCAUACCAGUAAUCUCAUAUAAUGGCAGGGUGUAGCAAGAGGAGGGCCCUGAAUGAUGAGAAUGUUCCUGUUAACAUCCCUUCUGAAAUCUCUACUCAAAAUGCUGUGGUCUGAGAUAGACAGUCAUCUUUGAUCAAUUUUUCGGAUAUGAAUUAUCUGCCCAGAGAAGAGAUGAUUCAAAAGAGGUGUGGUGUCUCUCAGAGUCCAAGAAUUAAUGUUUUUAUUCAAGAAUAACCUGAGAGAAGAGUAGAGAGGAAAAUAUGCCAAAAUAAAUAAUGUUUAUUUCAACCCCUGAGUCCUGCAUGCUGCAUCUGAGUCAACCUACCAAGUCAGAAUAGGUCUUUAAUUGGGAAGAAUUUGGAAAGUCACUUAGUAGAACAAUUCAAUGACAUAGAUAUAAUAAGAUCACUUUUUAAAAUGCAUUAAUGAUCAACUCACUAACACUCCAUUUA